AUGACGAAGUAUCCGAAACGUCUCAUCGAGCGCACUCUCAACGCUAUGCAAACACCCAAAGUGUGUACGCUUGGCCGCAUGCGACGUCGGCUCCAUUGUUCCAUCGACGGUCAAAACGCUGAGGCACUACCAGACAGCGGUUCUGAUGUCGAUAUAAUGUCCUUAGACUACAUGCUCAACCGUGGUUUCAUCUGCGAAGCGUCCGACGAGCAGGUUAUAUUCGCAGAUGGCCGAAGAAAGUCGGUUCACGGAAUCUGUGUUGUUCAGCUAUCUAUUGGCAAGGAUGGUAGAGUGGUCGAUAAUCGGCCGGCAGUUGAAAUGAACACGCAGCGACAAGAACAUUCGCCAAGGACAUCAUCACCUUCCUCGCCAUCAUCAUUGUCAUCAUCGUCGUCGUCCGAUGCAGGUUUGAAGUUCUUGGAAGGGGGCCCGGUAAGACACGUGAUCGAAAGUCGUUUCUAUGUCUUGGAGGGCAUUGACGUCGACGUACUGGUCGGCGCAUCAUCGCUCGAGUCAUUGAAGGCAUUCUCGCACCAUCAAGACGCCUUUUUCAGUCCUGAACUCGAGUCACAGUCCCCGGCAUUGCAUCGCAUUAGUCUUGCAGAGCGAGCGAGGAAGCUCGCACGGAAGUUGACUGUGGUAGAAGAUAGUGGCCGUUCUAACGAAGCUCGACCGACCGCCCAGGAGCAGCUGAGCCAGGCUGACCAACGCGAGAAUGCGCAACGGGAAAGCGCCGACGCAAUUUCUGCAAAGUUGAGCGGAGAAGAGAAGGUGGAGUUUGAUAACAAGGAAGAAGCGCGCAGAAAGGCAUACGACGAUUACCGUGCGCAGCUUCUGAACAGGCCGUCCGGAAGUCCGUAG